AUGGAAAACCAUUUUAGUUUUGAGGGCUGUGACACGUCCUCUGAAGACAUCGAGUCAGCGUUCCGCUCCCCACCAAGGCUGAGCGGCAUCUAUGACACUGAGGCCAGGAGGCAGGAAGAUGCAGAGGAGAAUGAGCCCAAUGUUGGAGCCAUCGUCCUCCCCAUAGACUCAGAGGCUUAUCUGAACCUGAAUACAAAUGCCACCACAAGAGGCGAUGCUCAAGCAUAUGUGGAGCUGAAUGAGCUCCAGGGCAGCACCUGGCAGGAGACUGGACGCUGGGUGGGCUACGAAGAGAACUUAAACCCCGCCACUGGAAAAUGGAGUUCUUCUCAUGUCUCCCAUCUCUCCUUCAAGAGCUUGAUCCAGCUCAGAAAGACCAUGAGCACAGGUGCUGUCAUCCUCGACCUGAACGCCAGCAGUCUGUCUUCUGUGGCUGAGAAGGUGGUGGAUGAGCUGCUGAACAAGAAUGAGAUUCGUGCCAGUGAUCGUGACGGCCUGCUGAGAGCUCUCCUCAUGAGACGCAGUCAGUCUGCAGCACCUGUGGUUACUCCAUCUGGAGACAUUGAGAUGCAGUCUUUUUCAGUGACAAAGAAGAGAGACACUUCUGACAACAUGGAGGCCUCAAUUGUCCUCUCAGGUGUCGUGGACAUCCUGCAGAAACCAGUAGUGGGUUUUGUGAGGCUCAGGGAUUCUGUGGUCAUGGACUCCUCCCUGGAGUCUCCUGUCCCGGUUCGCUUCGUCUUUGUGCUGGUGGGCCCCAGCGAUUGUGGAAUAGACUACAGCGAAAGUGGCCGCUCCAUGGGGGCUCUGAUGGCAGACUGGGUGUUCUGUCUGGAGGCCUUCUUGGCUGAGACUGACAAAGAUCUGACCAACGCCAUUGCUGACUUCAUGGACUGCAGCAUUGUGAUUCCUCCCACUGAGAUCCAAGAUAAGGAUAUGCUGGUGCCAAUCAUCGAUUACCAGAAGAAGAUGCUGUGUGACAGACUGCGUCCCACCGACACUCGUCUUGCCUUUGGUGAAAGAGUCAAAGUUGAGAAAGCUCCAGAGGAGCCCCGGGAGGACCCUCUGGCCCGUACAGGCUAUCCUUUCGGAGGGAUGGUGAACGACCUGAAGCGGCGUUACCGCCACUACAUCAGUGACUACACAGACGCUCUGAACCCUCAGGUCCUCGCCGCCGUCAUCUUCAUCUACUUCGCUGCCCUGUCCCCUGCCAUCACUUUCGGAGGGCUUCUGGCUGACAAAACUGAACAAUUGAUGGGCGUGUCAGAGCUAAUGGUCUCCACCAGCAUCCAGGGUAUCAUCUUCUGUAUCAUCGCCGCCCAGCCUGUCCUCGUCAUCGGCUUCUCGGGACCACUGCUGGUGUUCGAGGAAGCUUUUUACGCUUUCUGCAAGUCCCAGGACAUUGAGUACAUUGUGGGCCGUAUCUGGGUAGGCAUGUGGCUCAUACUGAUCGUGAUCAUCAUUGUGGCUGUGGAAGGCAGCUUCCUGGUCAAAUUCAUCUCCCGCUUCACUCAGGAAAUCUUCUCCAUCCUCAUCUCUCUCAUCUUCAUCUACGAGACUUUCAAUAAGCUCAUCAAGAUCUUCAAAGCCCACCCUCUGGUUCUGAACUAUAAACAUCUGAACGAGACAUUGGAUAACCCUUUCCACAUAGUCGUGGUCGAUCACCAUGACAACGUAACCAAAGAUGAGAAGGAGAUUGAAAGGGCCUACCCCAACACUGCCCUGCUUUCUAUGUGCCUUAUGUUAGGUUGCUUCUUCAUUGCGUACUUCCUCCGCCAUUUCAAGAAUGGUCAUUACUUCCCUGGCCCAAUCCGUCGUUUGAUUGGAGAUUUCGGUGUCCCCAUUGCUAUUUUCUUCAUGAUUGCUAUCGAUAUCAACAUUGCGGAUGCUUACACUCAGAAACUGGUUGUGCCAAAAGGCAUUGAGGUGACCAACCCCAAAGUCAGAGGCUGGUUUAUCAACCCCAUGGGAGAAAAGAAGUCCUUCCCCAUCUGGAUGAUGGGUGCCUGCUGUGUACCAGCAGUGCUCGUCUUCAUCCUCAUCUUCCUGGAGUCCCAGAUUACAACGCUGAUUGUGAGCAAACCUGAAAGGAAGAUGGUGAAAGGGUCUGGUUUUCAUUUUGAUCUGCUGCUCCUGGUCAUCAUGGGGGGCAUCGCCUCUAUUUUCGGGGUGCCCUGGCUGAGCGCUGCUACUGUGCGAUCAGUCACCCACGCCAACGCUCUCACUGUCAUGAGCAAGGGUCCCAAACCAGAGAUCGAGAAGGUGAUUGAGCAGAGGAUCAGUGGAAUCCUUGUGGCCAUUAUGGUUGGUGCUUCUAUUUUCAUGGAACCUAUUCUGAAGAUGAUUCCCAUGACCGCCUUGUUCGGAAUCUUCCUCUACAUGGGUGUCACCUCUCUGAGUGGAAUCCAGAUGUGGGACAGGAUGCUUCUGCUGAUCACACCAAAGAAAUACCAUCCCGCUGAAGCCUACGCCACCAGGGUGAAAACAAUGAAGAUGCAUCUCUUCACUGCCGUCCAGCUCUUGUGCCUGGGUUUGCUGUGGGUGGUGAAGAUGAGUGCCUUUUCUCUGGCGCUGCCUUUUGUUCUCAUCCUCACCAUCCCUCUGCGCAUGGUCAUGACCGGCACAAUCUUCACUCCCCUGGAGAUGAAAUGUCUGGACGCAGAUGAUGCCAAAGUGACGUUUGAGGAGGAACCUGGGGUAGAUGUGUACGAUGAGUGCCCACUGCCAUAAACAGUAUCAUUAAUGUUUCACAAACUUUUAAAUGAAAUCAAUUGUCAACUACAGGUAAUUUUGUGAACAUUAAACAUAGGGUGUCUUUAAAAAUAUGUAAUUGUAAACAUAUACAGUUUAAAACUUCUGUUAUUAUUAUUUAUCUUUAAAGAAAUGUACCUCUUAUUUCUAGAAUUCAUACACUUAUAUACUUAACUUAUAUAUUGAGUUAUGUUUUUGUUUGAAUUGAUACACUUGACUUAUUUACAUGCAAGAUUUGUUUUCCUUGAGACGUGAGGUAAAACUAUUUAGAAUAUUCUUUCUUUCUUUAAAUGCAUUACAACAGUAUAGCUUUAAAGUGAAUCCCAUUGCUGUCACAUAUAGAUCUGCCCAUAUUAUGAUAAAAUGAUUCCACCUCACUUUAUGUUUGCUAUUUAAUUUUUAACAUUUUGCCCUUUACAUGUGCUCAAAUAAUACAUUUUCAGGGCAUUUUCACACCAGCCUUUUCCCCAUACAAUAACCUUUAUUAAUUCUCAAUUAUAUGUUUUGAGUUGUGUUAUGAGUUUUCACUAUUUGAUGUGUGUAUAGAAAGAUGUGUAAUGCACUUAUAUCUGAUUUUAAGUGUGUGAUUGCUUAGAUAGUGGAUGAGAUCAAUUGUGUGCGCCAAUUGUUAUACUGGUGAUAUAAUCAGGGAGAAAUGUAUUUGUAAAUGUACCUUAUAAUGCCCGUUCAUGUGUGUGUGUGCCUGAAACACUGUACAUGCUUGAUUGGAUUGUAUGAAUUCUCAUUACAAAUAAAAACAUCCUUUAAAGUC